AUAACAAAUUGCACGGUACUACAGAGCUGAGCGACAGAGAGAAGAACUUGCCAUUCAGCAUUUACCAAAAGCGGAAGAAAUGUGACGCAAAAGGCACGACGAAGUGUGAUGAGAGAAUUGCCACUACAUGGCGUUCUAUAAGCAAGGUGUUAUAUUCUGAAUCAGAGAACAGGGGAAAUCAAAACCGAUCAAUGAACCUUUCCCAAGAAAAGGAAUUGUUAUCUCUACUCAUCAUGGUUUAUGGCGCUCGUCUCGCACACUGCGUUUCAGUCCAAGGGCACAAUUCGCGCUACUUUGCGGUGGAAGAACGACCGAGCGACACUGAAGCCUAGUGCCUCCGAUUUGCGCGGGUGGACGCGCAUCAAGAGACGAAUGUCCUCUAUCGAGGCAUACUGAAUCGCGAAGUUUGGAGCUUGAGUUUCUGUACUUGCAAGCAUGACUUGUUAUGCAGUCUAUUCCCACAUGAUGUUACUCUUCUAGGUCUUUACCCACGUCAUACGUGAGAGUGAAAGUAACCUAUGGUCUGUGUUUCAACUGACUAUGACUGUGAAGAAAUUCAAAAACUGCGAAAACAUCAAAGGAGGCUUCAAAAAUGGAAAGAAGUCGACAAGAUACUAGACCAUAACGUGCAUAGGAUGAGGAAUUCUGCAGAAAGAAGCAGAACUAAGAGAUCGUACCUGUUGUGUAGGAUCCCCACAGAUCUCUUAACGCAUGAUUCGAUUUCGAGAUCUUCGGUAGUCCACAAGAUCACCGAAGGUCGUUGGGAUCCAUCGUUCUCUUCUAGUUAUCCUAUACUUAUGCUCUCAAUGAUGACAGCUUUUUUAAGGUCCUGAUUUCGUAAGAAUGAAGGUUAACCUCUGGUCUGUGUUUCACCUGAAUGAGCAAAACCAAAGAUCUCUCUACUUUCCCCACAGGCGUUAUUGCAAGAGUCUUGGCCCUUUCUACAUGGCCGAUUGGCUUAUCUAACUGACGCAAGAUCAUACCAAGUUCAAUACUCAACGGUCUACGCUUUUACAGUGCGUGGAUCGUUCUCUUGUGGACUGACACGCGCAUUUUCGAAUAGUUGGAAAGGUGACUGUCCUC